AAAAGAAAUUAUUUAAAUUCAUACAUUUGGAUUGACAAAGAGAAUUAGUCAGACUUUUGCCAUUGAAGCAUUGGUAUAGCCAGUCAUUAACGUCUAGCUACACAGAACGCGACGCAAAAAUGAUAGCAACAUUCAAAAUAGGCAUAUUGGCAUUUUUCCUUUUAUGCAUCGACAGACAAGCUCAGGCACAAAUCGAAACUGCGUGUGCAGGAUCGCUUAACGGAACAUUCGUUCGAAAUUCGGAAUCAUGUAGAGCAUUCUAUUAUUGCUCGGAGGGAAUAGCCCAUCGCAGUGUCUGCCCAGAUAAUUACGUUUUCGAACCAGUUCGUCAGAUGUGCGACAUACCGAGCCGUGUCGAUUGUACUGGAUGUUCGCUUUCUGGUAUUCAGCACAUAGCUCAUCCGACUGACUGUUCGAAGUAUUAUGUGUGCGUUGCCGGAGUUCGUACAUUGCGGACGUGCGGAGCAAAUUUAUUAUUCGAUCGUUCCCUCGGCGAUUGCAAUGUCGCAACUACCGUUAAGUGUGUGCGAGAUCCGGCCACAGUGUGUGCCACGUAUAACGGUUUUGUGAGAAUUGGUGAUCCGAGUGACUGUACGAAAUUCUUUACAUGCUUAAAUGGAUUGAGCUAUCACCAGACAUGUGCAUCAGGAUUAUAUUUCAACCCCGAAACGACUGCUUGCACUUUGCCUGGACAAUACAAUUUCUGCCAGGAAGAUGGAACGAUCUAUUUUACAACCUCAUCGACGACUACAACAACUACAACGAGAGCUGCGACAACUACGACCACUAGAGCUACUACUACAACCACGAGAGCCACGACAACAACAACACGAGCGACAACCACUACAACCGCCACGACCAAAGUUACCACAACUACUACUACACGGCAACCGUGGACUCAACCAAACGCGGCCACAACACCAUUUUCAUUGUCUGACAUUGAUACGUUGUGCACUGGACAGGUUGAUGGAUACUACAGCGUUCCCGGCACUUGUCAGGAUUACGUUUUCUGUUUGAGAAGUACGGCAUUGCACUUUAAGUGUGAUUCGCCGUGGUUUUGGAAUCAAAUUAAAGAAGAGUGCUCCACCGUGGUCCCAUUCGGCUGCUGAUC